UUCUUCUUCUAUCUUAUUUCCAGAACUAAAUAAAGCAAAAAAAAUCUGAUAGUACAUCUGCAUUGUAUUCUGAUUCUUUCUGUUCUUUAAGUCUUUGAUCAUAUCAAAGCAGGUGAAGUUAAGAACUCUUAUGAUGAUGUUGAACCAUACGAACCUCUGAUGGUACCAAUUCUUGAAUCAAGAGCAGACACAACAUAGGAGGGUAAAUAGAUUAUCUUAAGGUGUUCACAACAUGGAAAAUAAAGUUACAAAGAGUGAAGGAAACAUACCGAACUCUAACAACAAGUUGUCUCUGAUAAGAGUGUUGAGAGGUAUAACAUGUCUGAUGGUGUUGGUUUCAACAGCUUUUAUGAUGUUGAUAUUCUGGGGGUUCCUAUCAGGUGUAGUGUUGAGACUCUUCAGCAUACACUAUAGCCGUAAAUGUGUUUCUUUCUUCUUCGGCUCCUGGCUCGCCUUGUGGCCUUUCCUCUUUGAGAAGAUAAACGGAACCAAAGUUGUCUUCUCUGGGGAUAAAGUUCCUUGCGAGGAACGAGUAUUGCUCAUUGCGAAUCACCGAACAGAAGUUGAUUGGAUGUACUUCUGGGAUCUUGCACUGCGCAAAGGCCAGAUUGGGAACAUGAAGUAUGUGCUUAAGAGCAGCUUGAUGAAACUACCUCUGUUUGGUUGGGCGUUUCACCUCUUUGAGUUUAUUCCCGUUGAGCGGAGAUGGGAAGUGGAUGAAGCGAACUUGAGGCAGAUAGUUUCAAGUUUUAAGGAUCCUAGAGACGCUUUAUGGCUUGCUCUUUUCCCUGAAGGCACAGAUUACACAGAGGCUAAAUGCGAAAGGAGCAAGAAGUUUGCAGCCGAACAUGGCUUACCAGUACUGAGCAACGUGCUGCUUCCAAGGACUAAAGGUUUCGUCUCUUGCUUGCAAGAACUGAGCUCCUCACUUGAUGCAGUUUAUGACGUGACCAUCGGCUAUAAAACCCGUUGUCCGUCUUUCUUAGACAACGUCUAUGGUAUCGAACCAUCAGAAGUUCACAUCCACAUCCGUCGAAUCAACCAAAGCAAAAUCCCAAAUCAAGAAAAGGAGAUCAAUGAUUGGUUAAUGAACGCGUUUCAGCUCAAAGACCAGCUUCUCAGUGACUUCUACUCCAGUGGCCAUUUCCCUAACGAAGGAACAGAAAAAGAGUUCAACACACUGAAGCACCUCAUAAACUGCUUGGCAGUGAUUUUCUUCACGACCAUCUGCACGUAUCUCACCUUCUUUUCGUCAAUGAUCUGGUUCAAGAUCUCUGUCUCUUUGGUCUGUGCCUACUUGGCCUCCGCUACACAUUUCAAUCUUCGUUCUGUUCCACUUGUUGGGACUGCAAAAAAAGCCUUCAAAUGAUUAAACAAAUAAACUUUCAUA